AUGCUCGCGAGCGUCCUCUGUUGCCUACUCGCUGCGCCGAUUCCGCGGUCGCUGAUCCCAUUCGUCGAGCCGCCCGCCGACCUGUCUCAAAUCCCGCUCAGCCACCUGGAGCCUAACCUUGCAGCAGCGGAGCAGCCGGCCGAGAGGUCGCUGAUCCCAUUCGUCGAGCCGCCCGCCGACCUGUCUCAAAUCCCGCUCAGCCACCUGGAGCCUAACCUUGCAGCAGCGGAGCAGCCGGCCGAGAGGUCGCUGAUCCCAUUCGUCGAGCCGCCCGCCGACCUGUCUCAAAUCCCGCUCAGCCACCUGGAGCCUAACCUUGCAGCAGCGGAGCAGCCGGCCGAGAGGUCGCUGAUCCCAUUCGUCGAGCCGCCCGCCGACCUGUCUCAAAUCCCGCUCAGCCACCUGGAGCCUAACCUUGCAGCAGCGGAGCAGCCGGCCGAGAGGUCGCUGAUCCCAUUCGUCGAGCCGCCCGCCGACCUGUCUCAAAUCCCGCUCAGCCACCUCGAGCCCAAGGGCAACCCUGCAGCAGCAGCACCAGCAGCGUGGCCUUGA